CUACAGAGAAGUAAACAAAUUGAUAUUGUAGUGCUUUGUCUUUGCCCUGCGUGCCAGCAGUAGGCAAGUGCUCGUGGCCAAAAUCAAUGGGGCUGCUCUGAACGCGAGCAAUUAUCAGUACCAAGUGGUCGAGCAAAGAACUCCAAUCGAUCCGCAGAUCGUGCAUUUAUUGCUGAAAGAUUCGGAUAUGGUUAGGGUAUGGGGCACAAACCUGACCGCCAUCACCUGGGCACAUGCGGUCAACAGUCAACAGUUGCUGGACGAAGUCCUCACAGAAUCAGCCAACAUCGACUUUAUUGAGGCGGAUAUUGUUCUGGGCAAACUGAAUGGCGAGGGCGAGGAUCUGCCCGUCAUGGCUCAUCCUCCAGCAGUCAUCUCAGAUCUCACGCUAUCGGAAUUCCUGAAUCAGAUCAUGGAAUUCAACCGGAACCACGAGGGACUGGAAAAAGGCGUCAAACUCGAUUUCAAGUCCAUCGAGGUUUUCGAGGGCUCCCUGGACAUACUGGACAAAAAUAUUCCUAGCAUGACCUACCCUGUUUGGAUAAACGCCGACAUCCUAAGUGGUCCCGUGGAUCAGAACAAAACAGUGCCUGUGGAUGCGGAUCGUUUUUUUGCUGGCUGCAUGCGCUACAAGCAGGCGGUGCUCUCCAUCGGUUGGACAACCAACUGGGGCGCCGACUUCCGCGAUGGCGAGUACACGCAGGAUCAAUGCGAUGCCAUGCUGGAAUCCCUGACCGCCAACAAUGUCCUCUCCACCGGCCAGGGCAUCACCUUUCCCGUGCGCGCUGGAAUCGCAGCCAACAGCCAGGAGCAACUGCAUCGACUGGUUGCCGCUGUGAACGAGACGAACGAAAGCACUCUGACCAUCUGGUCAUCGGCCGGCGACUAUGUGGAUGUGGAAAAGCUGCGCCAGCUGAUCUUCGGCUUUGGGUUGGAACGAGUCUACCUGGACGUGCCGGAGGAGCUGGCCUCACAAUUGGAUCUGGGAAAUCCAGGCAACGGAGCCAGCACCUUCAAGUCCCUGUUCAGCUUUAGCUUCGUUAGCCUUUGCUUUUGGGCACUUUCCAGUUGGCUCCAGCGAAUAUAAUAGUGUUCACCAAGUGAUUUAAAUACAUAGGUACCAUUGU